AAGUCUACAAAAACACUGUUGUCGUUGAUUCCGUCCCCGUGUUUUGGCGCGCAGAGAGAAACUCUUAUUUGAAAUGCGUUUGAAACAAAAAGGAUACUGCUUCGGUGUCCUUCUCCUUUUCACCAUCACAACAAUACAUGUAACGUCAGCGGGUUCCUCCCAACCAAACUCACGUCUGGUUCUUAGCCAUGCCAGGAGCAGCGUUUUAACGACCAGAGGCCUCACUCACUCCUCUAACCGAGAGAGCAGAAAGCGGCCACACUCGGACUCAAAGCCGGGACAAGAUUCCAGGAACCCCCCGUACUUUCAGGUCUCAGAACACAGGUACGGGACACAGACUGAACCCUCUGGCGGGCCUAAACACACACUCAAACCAAAAAUGGCGUCGACUUUAACUGAAAAAAGCAUCCAAAACAGUGACAAAGCGAAGCAAAGCGAGGUGGAGUGGAUGUUUUCUUCGCUUCACACUCCAAAUGAAGAGUGUAGAAAAGGGGAAAUUGAGCAUGUCAUCCCCGGCAAGUUUUAUAUUCCUGGUCAACUGGAAACAAACCUUAAUGUGGGUUACCAGGCAGAUUCCGCCGUUUCAGGUCCGGCUCAGGCCUGCCAGGAGAGGACCAGAGGUCAGCGGCUCCGCGGCUCCCAGGACAGCUGGCAGAGGCUGCAGCCCCUGGUGGAGUGUGGAGACGCCGCCAUGACCCUCACUGUCAGGAGGAGACGAGCUGUACAGCUCCAGCUAGACAGAGUGAAUGAGUCAUCCGUGCCCCUGUCCCGGCUGCCCCCGCAGUGUGGCUACGCUGUUCAGACCACGUGGAGAGACCUCAGUCUGAAGGCUCAGUAUGAUGCCUGCCAUGUCACACAGGAGGAUGACGGUUUUGUGUUGCCUCUGCUGUGGAGGGGGACUCCGGUCAAGAUGUCGUGUCCAGCCUCUCGGAUCCAGCCUGUGGCGGUGGGCCCGUCCUCCCUCUGCUGCGCCCCGCACAGUUUGACUGUCAGAGUGCAGGGACCCCAUGCUGCAGAGGAUGUGAGGGUAAAUGUGAGAGGCGAAUGGACCCCUGUGGUGGUGUUGGCUGAGCAGUGUGACUACACUUUGGACAGACAGGACGCAGAGAUUGUUAUCACUGCUCCAUUCAUAACAUGUGGCAUAACCGUAAAGGAUGGAAAAUACACACUUUCUCUUCAGAUAGAAGAGAAAACAUUCACACUGGCCUGUCCCGUCUCCCCCCAUGAAGAACUCCCACUGACCCCUCAGCCUCCGGUCAACAGCCCUCCUCCUCUAACCAGAGGGCCAACGGAGCAGGUGCCAGACCCUGUGGAGGCUUUUCCCUGGGCUCCUCCUUUCUACCUGGCCCCGCUGUACUAUCCCCACCCUACAUAUCACCACAAGUAUCCAAGCUCUGAUCGACGUGCUCCAAAUAACCCUCCUACUCCCUCAUCUCCGACUCCUCCAGCUACAUCUGUUUCACAGCCUCUCCCUCUUGUUGACCACUACCCCCACCAGAUUCCUGUGAGGGAGUCUUAUAAACAUUUCGGUGUCCCCGGCUCUCUUCCAGUAACCGGCGAUACGGAGGAUUCAAGUCGGGUGUAUCUAGAUCAGCAGCAAAAGCAAGACACUUCCAUCGUAGUUGUUUCUGAGAGUGCCGCACGUUCUCCCGCCUUAGAUACAGGCUUUGCAACUGAUGUUGAACCUCCUUUCCAGCCCCCCGGCCAUGCCUUCAAUCCAUACUAUCACUACUACCAUCACCCUAAAAUCCCUCUUCCUGGCCCACCUCAAAACCCUGAUCCUGAUGUGCUUAGAGAACGCUCUCUAAAUCAUCCUCAUAACCCUGAAUAUCCUGCGUUGCCGCCCGACGUGCCGCAGUCUGAGGCUCUCCGCACAGUUGACUCACACCAGUUCCUUCAGCCCUGGACCGAGGCUGCCGCUCAUCCCAACACCCUUCCAACAAGUCCUCCCAAAACCUCUGCACCUUAUACAUCUCAUGCUCCACAGCCCUAUCCAUACCCCUACUUCUACCACUUUCCGCAUUUUAUUCUGGGUGAGGCCAAACGAUUGGCUCCGUCGGCUGUGGAAGACAAAACACGUUUGUCUGAUCAAAACGCAAAGCCGAGCAGGUUUGGUUAUCCGCUUCCUGCCUCAUCACACCCAUCCAGCCCCUCCCCCCUCCUGCUCUCCCUCCUCGACCAGACGCUGUUGCAGUUCCUGCUUCUGAUCCACCCUUAA